AUGCAAAGUGAAAAGACGCACAAAAACCAACCCGAACGUGAGGAACACAAUCACGACCAAAAGAGGGGCAACAAAGAAAACCGAAACAGGGAAUGGGUAGAACAGGGAGCAAACAGAGGUCGCAAAACAAAGGCAAAAAAAGAAAUGAAUAGAGAGUGCGAAAAGAAGAGCGGAAGAACUGGUCCUAACAUGAACCAAAAUGAAGGCAGAAUCGAAAGGUCAUACCUUCUCCACGAAGGACGACGAAGAAAAACCAAGAAGGGAAAAAUAAACCGAAAGAACCACAUAGAAGGCGAAGCAAAAAGAGAUGAGAACACCGACCAACGACCGAACCAUAGGCAAGAGGGUCGAAAUGGGACCAACCAAGAACAAAAUCGAGGCGAUUGCACAAUGCCCAAUGACCAACAACCGCUUCCACGACGUCCGACCGAAGGAGAGAGCAGAGGAGAGCCAUUCG